AUUUUCCGGUUCGUGGAAAAAGCUUUGCAAGACAUCAUGUUCGCAUCUACCCUUCGUCGCGUCAUCAGCUCGAAAGUGACCACGUCGGUCACGUCCAAGGCCGCGUUUUCGUCGUCGUCCGCUUCGUUGUACGAAGUGUUGAAGGAACAAAUUCCCCGUCGCCAAGAAGCGUUGAAGAAGUUGAAGGCCGAACAUGGCAACAAGUCCUUGGGCAACGUCACUGUCGAUCAAUGCAUCGGUGGUGCCCGUGAUGUCAAGUGCAUGUUGUGGGAGACUUCGUUGUUGGACUCGGAAGAAGGCAUCCGCUUCCGCGGCCACACGAUCCCGGACUUGCAGAAGAAGCUGCCCACGUACAUCGAAGGCGGUGAACCCAUGCCUGAAGGUCUGAUCUGGUUGCUCUUGACCGGUGAAAUCCCCACCCGUGAACAAGUCGACGGCUUGACGAAGGAAUUGCAUUCGCGCUCCAAGAUCCCCGCGCACGUCAAGCAAAUGUUGUGCGACCUGCCCAAGGGCACCCACCCCAUGACGCAAUUUUCCAUCGCCGUCAUGGCCAUGAACACCGAAAGUGUGUUCCAAAAGAAGUACGCCGAAGGCAUCCACAAGUCCACGUACUGGGAACACACGUACGAAGACAUGCUCAACUUGAUCGCGCGCAUCCCCGAAGUCGCCGCCACCAUCUACCGCUCCACGUACUUUGACGAGUGCUUGGACAUCAAGUACGACUCGUCGUUGGAUUACUCUGCCAACUUCGCGCGCAUGUUGGGCCACGACAGCCAAGACUUCGACGAGUUGAUGCGGUUGUAUUUGGUCAUCCACAGCGACCACGAAGGCGGGAACGCCAGCGCUCACACCACCCACUUGGUUGGAUCCACCCUCUCGGACCCGUACCUGUCAGUGGCCGCCGGCUUGAACGCGUUGGCGGGUCCGUUGCACGGCCUUGCCAACCAAGAAGUGCUUGGGUGGAUUAUGGACCUCCACGACGAGUUCAAGUCCAAGAACUUGCCCGUGAACAAGGAAACGAUCACCAAGUUCGCGUGGGACACGCUCAACGCCGGCAAGGUCAUUCCCGGCUACGGCCACGCCGUGCUCCGCAAGACGGACCCUCGCUACUCGUGCCAGCGCGAGUUUGCGUUAAAGCACAUGCCCAACGACGAGCUCUUCCAGAUCGUGGAAACCAUCUACCAAGUGAUGCCAGGCAUCUUGACUGAACACGGCAAGACCAAGAAUCCGUACCCAAACGUCGACUCGCACAGCGGCGUGCUGCUGUACCACUACGGCCUCACCGAGAAGAACUACUACACGGUGCUCUUUGGUGUGUCGCGCGCCAUGGGUGUGCUGUCGCAGCUGUUCUGGGACCGCGCGUUGGGCCUGCCGUUGGAACGCCCCAAGUCCGUCACGUCGGAAUGGAUCAACGAACAUUUCGCCAAGCAAAAGUAAAUAGAGCGAUGAGACCAAGGACGAGAACCACGUUGACAGAUAUGUAUGUAUGCAGCAGGAUAAUGCAACUCCAGUGUCGAUGGA